AUGGCCGAGGUCGUGGCGUCCAAGAGAAUCCUGAUUUCUGGAGGCACCGGUUUUGUCGGCUCCGCUAUUAUACGCGCCCUCAUAGAGAAGCAUCCUGGUUGCGCUAUCACCGUCAUCGAUCGCAGUCCCCCACGGUCUCAGUUUGACCUUCCUGGAAAAGUGGACUACAUGCAAGUCGAUAUCACCAAUGCACACGAAGUCGGCAAGGCAUUCUUGGCUGUCAAGCCCGAUGUGGCCAUUCAUACUGCGGGGAUUGUACCGGGUCUGGCAGAUCGGUUCAGCCGAAAACUGGAGCGCGAAGUGUGGCAGACCAAUGUUGAAGGCACUCGGAAUAUGCUGAGUGCUGCCGUGGAAAAUGAGACCGAGGCUUUUAUCUAUACCAGCACUUGCUGCGUAACGACUGAUGACCUACGUAUGCCCUAUCCCAAUAUCAAUGAGCGUUGGCCAACAUCGCCAAAGUCUCUCAUUUAUGGCGAGUCUAAGGUCACUUCCGUCCUUUCCUAUGCUGCAGCGGAGGCGCUUGUCCUGGAGGCGUCCAGCAACAUGAUGGCCACCUGCGCCCUUCGGCCAUCAGUGCUGUUUGGACCGGGUGACUACCAGCUAGUACCAGCCAUUCAUGCAUGCAUACACAAGUAUGAGACACCAUUCCUUAUUGGAGAUGGCUUCAAUCUGUGGGACGUCACCCAUGUGAGUAAUGUUGCAGAUGCUCAUGUCCUCGCUGUGGAGAACUUGGUCACUUCUCGCACGGCUGCAGGAGAAGCAUUUUUUAUCCAAAACAAUGAGCCGAUCACUUUUCGUGAUUUCUGCCUCGCAAUAUGGGCUCACUUCGGUCAUGUUCCACCAUUCGAGUUCCGGAUUCCAGAGGGGCUGGCCUAUUUGGCGGGAUUGGCGUGUGAGAUGACGAGCUGGGUGACCGGGACUACCACCACCUUAAGCCGCGGCAGUGUUCGAGAUGCGUGUGCCGUCAGAUAUGCGAGCGGAGAUAAAGCCAAGGCAGUCCUAGGUACGAAGCUCGCAUCGGUCUCGAAGAGGGUCUUCGGCAGAGCUGCGAGGAAUAUGCCCGCCGUAUCGGCGUAG